AUGUACGCGACUGCUGCUGUUAUUGCUGGAGAAACAAAAGAGAGAGUCACGAAGCCCACAGAGGAACCAACAUGGAAGAAGAAAAUCAGAACAAAAAUUGAAAACCAUCGCAAGGGCCUCUUCAUCCUUAGCGAAAUAAAAAGUGUCACAACAAAGCAAGUACAUGCCAAGGCCAGGAGCAUCUUAUGCAAGAGCCGAAGGGAGAAUAAGACCAUAUGCGAGCUCGAACAAGAAAGAAAGAUGAAACUACAGGCCAAAGCUCAGAGGCUGAGAAGGUUUACUAAGCAGAGUGAGCACUACUAUCAGAAUAAGCUCUUCCAUAAAGAUGCCAAAAAAUUCUACUGGCAUCUCAACGAGCAGCAAAGCACCAUCAAUGAACCUCCCUCUCAAGAGCGACUUGAUCAAUUCUGGCGUGGAAUACUGGAAGUUAGCACAGACCACAAUACCAAAGCCACUUGGAUCAAACAAGAGGAGGAAGCAUUCCAGAAUGUAGCAAUGGAUGUAUGGACUGACAUUACAAUGGGUGAGGUACAGCAGGCCAUCAAGCGGACCCACAACUGGAAGUCUCCUGGCCCAGACAAGCUGCACAACUUCUGGAUUAAGCAUUUAAGUGCCCUCCAUAAACAACUAACCAGGGCCUUGAAUGACACCAUCAAGGAUCCAAGCAAUAGCCCUAAGUGGUUGACAUCCGGAACCACUUUCUUUAUUUCAAAAGGCAAGGAUACAAAAGAACCAAAGAACUAUCGACCAAUUACUUGA